CUGCUCGAAUCGCAGACGCGUAUUUUUAUCGGUCCAUGUUUAUCAGUAAUUUAAAGUUUAUUGUGGAGUGCUGUCCAUGCAGUUAUGAAGCUACCAUGCGUCGUACCAGGAUGUCAUUUGAUUAGUAAACUAUUCAGCUCGAAGUCCAGCGACUUCGAAAACGAAGCUUUAGAAGUUCACAACGAGUACAGGAGAGAACAUGGCGUACAACCACUGACUCUGAGCAAAGACCUUUGUAAAAUCAGUCAAAAAUGGGCAGACGAAUUAGCAAAAAAAGAUUCGAUGGCGUACAGCCUCAACCAACAGUACGGCGAAAGUGUAUACUGCGGUUGGUCGGCAGAUCCAAAUACGAAAAUAAAGGCACGCGAUUGCAUAGACAAAUGGUACAGCGAGAUCAACGAAUUCUCCUUCGGUCGAGAACCAGAAGUACUGACUUGCGGUCACUUCACACAAAUUGUUUGGAAGGGUACCAAAGAGCUCGGCGUUGGUAGUGCUAAAAGCAAAUCAGGCAAACUUUAUGUUGUUGCCAAUUACCAUCCACCAGGAAAUUAUAGUGGACAGUUCUCAACAAAUGUGCUCCCACCUGGAGCUAUGCAAUUCAAUUCUAACACGUCUAAAGUCGAAACCAACAAUAACUUACCACCACCAUCACCCAACCAGAGAAACAGUAAAAAUCUCGGAAAUUAUGCUUCAGAUUUAGUUAACAAACUCAAAUCGACUUCAAUUUCUGGUGACAAAUUCGAAGAGGAAUGUUUGAAAGCACAUAAUCAUCAUAGAAAAAAUCAUGGAGUUCCGCCACUUGAGCUUAGUAAGAAAUUAUGUAAAUAUGCCGAAGAGUGGGCUAAAACGCUAGCGAAGAAAGGCAGUAUGGAGCAUAGAGACCAGAAUGAAUAUGGUGAAAACAUAUUCUUUGCCUGGUCAUCGGAUCCCAGCUUCUCAGUGUCCGGGAAAGAGCCAGUAGACAAAUGGUAUUCCGAAAUCAAAGAUCACAAAUUCGGAAAAGAACCAACUAGUCUUGGCACAGGUCACUUCACUCAAGUGAUUUGGGAGGACACGAAAGAGGUUGGUGUAGGCAUAGCUAAGUCCAAAGAAGGUCAAGUUUACGUAGUAGCCAACUAUUAUCCCCCAGGCAAUAUAAUUGGCAGUUUCUCUACCAAAGUUCGUCCGCCUAUUAAUUAAGAUAAAUUUCCAAAGAUAUUUACAUUCCAAAUAUAUGUUUUGUUACCGCCAGCAUUUAUUUAAGUUUGAGUUUACAAGUUGAGUGUAAAAGGUACUUAGUUUAUUAAUUUUUACUAUGUCAUUGUUUUUAAUGUUGCAUGUAAUUUAUUGUUAGUUCUUUUUUUAAUUAUGAAUACUUUUAAUUAGUACUUAUUCUUUUGAGGCUAAUAUAGAGUGAUUGAUUCCAGUUUUUAAAGACAAUAAUUUUAGUAUUACUAAAGAGAUGCAAUUAUGAUCACUUCAAAAUAUAAGUCCCUACAAUUUUGAAUAAUAAUGUUCAUAUAUGUCUUUUUAUUCAUGUUUAUGAGGACUAAAGUUAGUACUUAGUUCAAACAAUUGGCCACCUAAAGCAUAUUGACAAUGACAGAAGAAAAAAUG